AUGGUCGCUAGUGGGCUUACCACUGCUGCGUUUGGUCUUGGCUACUACUUAAACAUCCACUCAUUUUCCUAUUACCUCCUAGUGCAAAUUUUGGGUGGAAUUGCCCAAGCUACAGGUUGGCCAUGUGUCGUCACUAUUCUUAGCAAUUGGUUUGGAAAAGGAAGGAGAGGCUUCAUAAUGGGCAUUUGGAAUGCACAUACUAAUGUUGGUAAUGUUCUCGGCUCAAUUCUUGCUGGAGCUUUUGUUAACUACCAGUGGGGCGCUUCUUUCAUAGUUCCUGGACUUCUUCUGAUUGCUGGCGCAUAUAUAGUUUUCAUGGUCUUAGUAGAUUCUCCAACUCCUGACUUGGAAGUAAACUCGGAUUCGAACAAUGAUAAGCAUAAGUCUGUCCCCGGUUAUUAUGGUGAUGUCAGGGCUCUUUCGGAUGGUAACCAUAAAGAACUUCCAAUAGGCUUCUGGGAUGCCAUUCGAUUACCAAAUGUAUUCCCUUAUUCUAUGGCAUUGUUCUUUUCAAAGUUGGUAUCUUACACUUUUCUCUAUUGGCUGCCGAAUUAUCUUUCAAACGUUUCCAGCGAAGCGCUUUCAGCUGAAAGCGCAGCUUGGCUGUCUACAAUCUUUGAUUUUGGAGGUAUUUGCGGGGGUAUAAUCGCCGGUCUUCUUAGUGAUCAUCGACCGUCGUCUGAUGGCUUGACAGUUAUGUCUCUUCAAGAAUCAUCCCUUCGUACCAUUUACCUCAGAGCGGUUACGUGUGCAAGUAUGCUUGGAAUUGCCGCCCCAUGUUUAUUCUACUACCAAUCAAUAGCGGCUACAAUGUCGGGUGUUUCAUUGUUUGUGCUCUUCCUGUGUGGUGGGUUAGUAACGGGUCCAUGUGCGUUGAUCACCACAGCCGUUUCAGCUGAUCUCGGAACUCAGCCCAGUCUCCAGAGAAGUUCUAAGGCUCUUGCUACCGUGACUGCAAUCAUUGAUGGUACUGGAUCUAUUGGCGCAUCUUUGGGUCCGUUUUUAACGGCAUAUUUAGUUGGCUAUGGGUGGAAAGCGGUCUUUAUGAUGCUUAUCUUUGCUGAUCUCAUCGCCAUGGCAAUAACGGUCAUCAUCGCUUCACGUAGUCGAAAUGGUGGUGGCAUCGGCGGUGGUUCACUUGGCUCCAAGGUUUUUAAUCUCCGAUCCCACGCUGCGCUAUGA